AUGGACGUUGCUUGCGCUACUUAUGAAGUGGAUUUUAUCGAAGAAAGAUCCAUCCGUUAUGGCCGAGAACCAGUUUGGUUAUUGGGCUGCUGUUACAAUCCACUAGAAGAAUUUGAUAAAUUGAUCGCUGAUAUCAAUUCGAAAUUUUGGUUCACCUAUAGGAAAAAUUAUCCGCCAAUUGGUGGAAUCGGCCCAACAUCCGAUAAAGGCUGGGGUUGCAUGCUGCGUUGUGGUCAAAUGAUAUUAGGCCAGGCAUUAGUUAUGAGACAUUUAGGCAGAGAUUGGCGUUGGUUUAAAAAUAAAGAGCAACUUGCGAAUUAUUGGAAGAUUUUAAAGUUAUUCUUAGACUCCAAAGACAGUCUCUAUUCAAUCCAUCAAAUCGCACAAAUGGGAGUAUCGGAAGGGAAAAAAAUCAGUCAAUGGUUCGGGCCGAAUACAGCCGCACAAGUACUCAAGAAACUCAUCAUGUUUGAUGAAUGGAGUCAAAUGGGUGUUUAUGUCGCUAUGGACAACAUUGUUGUUAUUGACGAUAUAAAAAAAAUUUGCCACAAUCAUAUCACCAGAACGUCGCAAGGAAACGCUGCUAAUAGUGAUGCUCAAGGGUCAUCUAAUGAGCAAUCAAAUGCUUGGAAGCCUUUACUACUUUUUAUUCCACUACGUUUAGGUUUAACGGACCUUAACCCUAUUUACAAAGAUAAAUUAAAUAAAUGCUUUAGGAUAAAAAAUACAUUAGGAAUAAUAGGAGGAAAGCCUAACAGUGCACACUAUUUUAUUGGUAUACAAGGGGAUUAUUUGCUGUACUUGGAUCCGCAUACUGUGCAAGAAACUGUUAAAGUAAAGCCCAACUGUCCUUUUUCGGAUAAGACAUAUCAUCAGAAAGGCACUAACCGACUGCAUUUUUCGUACAUGGAUCCAUCCGUUGCUCUCGGAUUUUACAGUGCUACCGAGGAGGAAUUUAACGAACUUUGUCGCGAUUUUACUGAUGUAUGUAUUUUAAAUAGUGCACAGCCUCCGUUGUUUGAGGUAGUGGAACAACGACCUCCACAUUGGCCAGAACUGGUACUGCCAAAUAGUCCAUACGAUGACACAUCCGAUGUUGGUAUAAGAGAAGAAAGGCAUUUCGAUAGUGAUAACGAUUUCGAAAUAAUUGACAUGUAG